AUGUUCGGAAUGGGUGGAAUGGGUAUGGGUGGAAUGGGAGGUGCAGGCGCAGGCAAUCCGAUGGGAAUGGCGCAACAGAUGAUGCAGAAUCCGGAGAUGAUGCGCGAGAUGAUGAACAAUCCAAUAAUGCAAUCGUUGCUCAACAAUCCGGACGUGUUCAGGACACUACUCGCUGAAAAUCCACAAAUUCAACAACUUGUUGAGUCAAAUCCCGAACUUGGUCAUGUGCUGAAUGAUCCAGAGAUAAUACGACAAACAAUGGAAAUG